AUGCGGCUUUUUCACUUACUAUCCUGGAUUAUUCUCCUGGUACCGAGCUUGGUUACACUAGCAGCGCAGGUACCUCAUGAUGCAUGCGGAGUUGAAACGGUUGCCAUCCUGGAGGCGAGGGAUGAGCCUACAAAUACCACCACGACAGCUAUCGCAUCGGAUAGUGAGAUGACGGCAACGGCUACCACUACGGGGGAUUCUUUUACGCCUGCGACAAGUACAACCGACACGGCUGCGUCAACGACAAUUGCGUCUUUGAAUGCAUCGAAUACAUCGGGUGGUCGCAAAAAGCAGACGGGGUCACCCAAGCCAGGAGAACUUCCUAUCAAGCCCUCGAUUACGCCUGCGUUGGGCGUCGGUGGUUUUAUUCUGAUAGCAAUGGGCGCAAUCCUGGCGUUGAUUGGUAUUCGGAAUCUAUGGGUCCAAGUAUUCCUAUCCGCUUCUCUCCUGACCAGCUUAGGCGUAACUGUCUUAAUCCUCUACGUGAUGAACCCCCCCGUCAGCAACGCAAUCCAAGGAGCCUACCUCGUCGCCGUGUUCUUCUCCGGAAUCACCUUCGGAGCCCUCGCGAUCGUCUUCAAAGAGUUAACGGAAGGACUCGGAUGCCUCCUGGGCGGCUUUUGUGCUAGCAUGUGGCUUCUUUGCUUGAAGCCGGGUGGUCUUUUGACGGAAGUCAGUCCCAAGAGUGGGCUCAUCGCGGCGAUAUCAGUGGGGUUCUAUACGUUGUCGUUUAGUCAAUAUACACGACCUCAUGGGUUGAUCAUUUCCACUGCGCUUUCGGGCGGUACUGCGGUUUCUCUUGGGAUUGAUUGUUUCAGUCGUGCGGGAUUGAAGGAGUUUUGGUUGUACAUCUGGGAACUAAACGACAACAUCUUUCCCCUAAACACGAAUACCUACCCCAUAACUCGCAACAUCCGCGUCGAACUCGCCGUAACCAUCAUCGUCGCACUCCUAGGCAUCGUCUCCCAACUCCGUCUCUGGAAAAUGAUCCGCCAACGCCGCCGGAACGAAGCCAAACUGCGCGAGGAACAGAGACGGAAAAAAGAUGAAGCUGAUACAGAAGUCGGAAGACAAUUGGAGGAGACUACCGCGCGUGAACGGGCUGAAUGGGAAGCGAAAUAUGGAAACGGUGCUAGAUCGAAGCCAGAAUCGAGUAGUACCCAAAAAGUCGAAAACGAAAAAGACGGACAAGAUAUUGAUUUGAAAAAGGGCGAAACAGUCGACGCGAAGAGCCUCGUUGCGUCUUCUCAGCAAUCGUAUCGCUGCUCCGAGUGCAAAGAACGAGAAGCCAACGAUGACCUCGACUCGGAAAUCGCACUAAAAUUAGCAAAUUAUAACGACUCAAUCACAAAAGACGAGACCCAUGAAUCCACCUCAAGCCAAGACUCCAGUACGGAAACAGAACCACCAGCCGCAGUCUUCGACGGUGCCGCCGCAACCCGCAUAAAAGACGACAACCAGUCCGAAGUCAGCGCGGUUAUCGGCUCAGAAGCGGGAACUUCCUCGAAACGGUUCUCGGGAAUUGCUACGCUGCAACGGAAUUCUGUGAGGAGUAGUAUGAUGCUUGCUUCGCAGCCGCGGGAGGCGCGUGUUCGGGAGGGGGAUGAUGCGGCUUCGAAUACGUCUGAGGAGGGUGUUGAUGGGGAUAGUAUUUUGGAUUCUCGUCGAUCUAGUGUUUAUGAAGCGGAUGGCGAGGUGAAGCGCGACUCCCGGGGACUAGGGAUCGAUGGGGAUAAGCCGGUCGCUGAGGAGUCGAAGACUUAUGAGGAUGGUUCUGCACCCAAGGGAGUUAACACCGAACAAGGAUUCCAUGAGGAGGGUCAUUCCACAGAACCAGAUCAGAAGAAGCCUGAUCAGACGCAAGGUUCGCAGAACGGAGACAUUACGAAUGAGCAAUCGCGGGAUCAUGUUGAACAAGAAACUGCGUUGCAAAAGCCAGAUACCUCCGAGCACAGCGAAAAGGAUGCUCCCGUUGGUGAACAGAAGCAGCAGUACCGACCUGCUACAUCUGCUUCAAACUACAGCCACGAGGGCCCGCCUCCGUCUACGCAUGAAACAGAUGAGAAGCCCCAGGUGCAAGAUGACAACAAGGGGCGCAACCCGGCAGCUCCAUAUCAAGCCACGGUGAAAUCGGCAGAAACACUUGAGAAAUCUAGUGUGAGGGCUUCAACGAAGGGAUCAAAGUCUGAUGCAGAGCAGCAAGACGCGAAGCCUUCUGCAGGAUACAAGUCGGUAACAGGAUCGACAAAGAGCAAGCGCUCUGAUGAUCGGAAACCAUCCUCACUAAAGGAUAAGGCAAAAGCCCGAAAGAAUGAAAAGGCCACUCUGAACGAGAAAACGGUGAAACAUCUUCCCGAAGGAACGUCCAGAAUUGUCCAAUCGUACCGCACAAACGAGUGGGCAAAACAUCUCGACGAUGCAGAAAUGCCUGAGCCGCUACCGAUCCAGCCAAUCGAAGAGGAGCAACCGGUGAUUUCUGUGAAAGAUGAAGAACCGCCUGCCCCGAUAAACGUCAAGGAACUGCUGCAAACACCGCUAAGCGCACAGCCACCACCUGCCGUCGAACGCCGCGUCUCCUUCAAGGAACUACGAACCUCAAACGAGGCUCCUCGAACAUCACACGAAUCACUGCAGCGAAAAACAGACAGGCCUGUAUCUAGGUCAAAUUCAAUGGUCAACCAACCACUGGCUGCCAUUGUAUCACCUGUAUCGAAUUCCGUUCCUCGCCCGCAGCCUCAGCCGGCUCAGCUAGCACCACCCAAACAACCAAAGUGGAAGGGACCUCCUCCGCUUCUGGCAGUACGAGAGGAUCUAAUGCGAAGCAGGUUGUCAUCAACUUCGCUGUCAAUUGAUCCCUGGUUACGCAGUAGUCCUCGACAAUCAACUUUUGGGCCAUUGUCGCCCACAUCUCCUACCUCGCCCACGUCGCCUACCAUAGUUCUGCCUACUCCGGAAGAAGCUGACGAUGUACCCUUAUCGCAACGGCGCACAAUGCUACAGCAAAAGCAACAACAGCCGAUACCACCAAGACCACGAGCCCUCUCCCCGCAGGCUCCGCCACAGCGGACUCGGUCCGGAAUGUCAGAUAACAACGCGCAGGCGAUCAUGGCCGCAUGGCGCCAUUCAGUGCGUGAAGAUCUGCGAGAGAAGCGAGACCCACUGGGCAUGAACUCGAACCCGACGAGUCCAACGAGUCCAACAAGUCCGGUCGACCACCGGUCGUCGUAUUUUGGAUCACCAUCGCCGCGCAAUCACUCAGCAGUGAACCUCCAUAUUGAGAAUGCGAUUGCGGAGGGGAUGCAGCGGGGUGAUAUGAAUGAUUUACACCGGGAAGCCAUGAGGCGCAUGCAGGCGUCUGCGAAUCGAAAGGCGUAG